UAACCUCAUUAACGUAUUAGUUGACAAACACCAAGCCACAGCACCAAGCCAUAAAAUUUAUAAAAGUGUUUUAUUAACAAAAACUGCAGCCCAGCUCAAAGUAUUUAGCGUGCUUAUACUAUGACUUCUCAAGAGCCACCGCGGAAGCGGUACAAACAGUCUGACGAGGAGAAAUCCGAAUCAGACGACGAGUAUGUUCCGUACGUACCAGUGAAAGAACGCAAAAAACAACAACUCUUGAAAAUAGGGCGCCUGGGGCAACUGAAGGAUUCCGACCUGAACAACCAGAGAUCGACCAGCGAAAACGAGCUGGGCGGCGAUGAGGAGGAGGAGGAGAUCUGGGGCAGGAAGAACAACAUUCCCUUGUUGGACCAACACAACGAGCUCCGAAAACUGGCAGAGGCCAAAAAAGUGAGCGCUGCUGAAAGACAAUUGAAAAAGGAGGAGGAAAUUCUGGAAAUCGUUGCCGAGAAAAAGGCCCUGAUGGGCGUAAGCGAGCUGGCCAAAGGAAUUCAGUACAAUGAUCCUAUCAAAACCAGCUGGACACCACCUAGGUACGUUUUGGCUUUUCCUCAAUCCAGACACGAAGCACUCAGGAACAAUCUUAGAAUACUAGUGGAAGGCGCAGCGAUUCCUCCUCCAUUGAAGUCUUUUAAAGAUAUGAAGCUCCAUGAGGGCAUACUGGAAGGGUUGAAGCAAAAACACAUAAACAAACCCACCCCUAUUCAAGUACAAGGCAUUCCAACGGUCUUAUCGGGCAGAGACAUGAUUGGCAUAGCAUUCACUGGAUCUGGCAAGACUUUGGUGUUUGUCCUGCCACUGAUAAUGUUCUGUCUGGAGCAGGAGAUUAAAAUGCCUUUUAUUAAGAACGAGGGCCCAUAUGGAUUAAUUAUUUGCCCCUCGAGAGAACUGGCGAAACAGACUUUUGAUAUUAUUCAAUACUUCUGCUCCCACUUGAAGAAAAAACGACUGCCAGAGAUUCGAAGCUGCCUAUCAAUUGGUGGAGUGCCUGUGAAUGAAGCAAUUGAAAUAAUUCAAAAAGGGGUUCACAUCAUGGUGGCCACUCCUGGAAGAUUAAUGGAUAUGCUGGAAAAGAAAAUAGUCAAACUCUCGGUUUGCCGAUAUUUGUGCAUGGAUGAGGCAGACAGGAUGAUUGAUCUGGGCUUUGAAGAAGACGUAAGAACGAUUUUUUCUUAUUUCAAUGGCCAAAGGCAGACGCUGCUUUUCUCAGCCACUAUGCCCAAGAAAAUCCAGAACUUCGCCAGAUCGGCUUUGGUGAAACCCAUCACAAUAAACGUGGGUAGAGCAGGGGCAGCUUCAAUGAAUGUAACUCAAGAAGUGGAGUAUGUGAAGCAAGAAGCCAAGAUCGUCUAUCUGUUGGAAUGCCUGCAAAAGACUCAACCUCCAGUGCUGAUUUUCGCCGAAAAGAAGCAAGAUGUGGAUGCCAUUCACGAAUAUCUUCUCCUGAAAGGAGUGGAAGCUGUAGCAAUCCAUGGCGGGAAGGACCAAGAAGAACGAUCCAAAUCUGUUGAGGCCUUCCGCAAGCAUGAAAAAGAUGUUCUAGUCGCCACAGAUGUUGCCUCAAAAGGUCUGGAUUUUCCAGAAAUUCAGCAUGUUAUCAACUACGACAUGCCUGAUGAUGUCGAGAACUACGUGCAUCGAAUUGGACGUACCGGACGAUCAGAAAACACCGGUUUAGCAACUACAUUCAUCAACAAGUCCAACGAUGAAAUGGUUCUUCUGGAUUUAAAACACUUGCUGAUCGAAGCCAAGCAAAGAGUCCCGGCCUUUCUAUCCGAAAUCUGCCCCGACAGUGAAAAGUACUUGGAAGUUGGAGAUGAAAGGGGCUGCAGCUAUUGCGGCGGCUUGGGGCACAGAAUCACUGACUGUCCGAAAUUGGAGGCCCAACAAAACAAACAGGCUUCCAACAUCGGCCGCAGGGAUUAUUUAUCUAAUACGGCUGCUGAUUAUUAGUUUAGGUUUAUUAUAUUGUGAUUUUAAGUUGUAAUUAAAUGUUAUUUGUUUUAA